AGUCUGCAUUAGUAACCUCGGCACAGACGACCACUCUGUACCCGUAGAUCGGCCGCAGAAUACUUCUAAGAGAGGUCUGCAGUCCAAGGUAUCUCAGUUGCCUGCUGUCUACCCAGAUUCUUGCCUGUUGUCCCUGACUACAGCCAUCAUGCCCAGAGGACAAAAGAGUAAGGCUCGUGCUCGUGAAAAACGUCGCCAAGUCCAGGAAGAGGCCCAGGGCCUCAAAGAUGCUCAAGCAAAUGCCUUGAAGAAAGGAGAGUCAGCUGCCUGCCUUGAUCAAGCUUCAGGAGAUGCUGUUGCAAGCACCUCUACUGCUGGCUUCCCACAGCCGUCUCAAAGCUUAGCACCAAGCAACACUGGCAGCAAAGGCAUGGCCUGCAGAAAGUCUGACCAGAGCCGAGGGGAUGAAAAUAGGAGUUUUUCCAGGGCCCCACUUGCCACUGGAAGCACACAGAUGGAUCUGAUGACCAGGAAGACAGGAAUGUUGAUGGAGUACAUGCUAUGCAAGUACAAAGUGAAGCAGCCCAUGAGGAAGGGAGAAAUGCUCAAAGUUAUCAACAGACGGUUCAAAGAUCACUUCCCUGAGAUCCUCAAGAAAGCCUCCUAUCGAUUGGAUGUGGUGUUUGGCCUUGAGUUGAAAGAAAUCCAGCCCCAUGGCCAAGCCUAUGAGCUUGUCAGUAAGCUAGAAUUCCAGGAUGAUGGAAGUGGGAGCAGUGAGCUGGGUCUUCCUACUAGGGGCAUUCUGAUCCCCCUCCUAAGUGUGAUCUACUUAAACAACUACUGUGCCCCAGAGAAGGAGGUCUGGCACUUCCUGAAUAUGUUAGGAGUCUAUGAUGGGAUCUCACACCUCAUCUUUGGAGAUAUCAGGAAGCUCAUCACUGAAGAUUUAGUUCGAGAACAAUACCUACAAUACUCUCAGGUUCCUAACAGUGAUCCUCCAUCCUAUGAGUUCCUGUGGGGCCCAAGAGCCUAUGCUGAAACCAGCCUCGUAAAAGUGAUGGACUUCUUAGCAAAGGUCAGUGAAACCAUGCCUGGUGUUUAUUCAUCUCAUUAUGAACAGACUUUGAUUGAAGAGGAAGAGAAAGCCCAAGCUGAAGCUGCAGCCAAGGCUGGCACUAAAGGCAAAGUCAAGGGACAUUCUAAGUCCAAGUUAAGCAAUCCUACUCACUAGUGAGAUAAGGGGUAGCCUCCACUAUGUGACUGAAGAGGGUCUGUUCAUCAUUUUGCAUGUUAUAUACAAGUAAAUUGUUGGUAACUUUUGGAAUUCUUUGAGAAAAAUGCUAACUUGAAAGUCUAAUGUAUACAGAUAAGUUUUGUAGACCGAGCCUUCACUGCUGUUUACCAAGUUGAGUGCUCAAAAUGUUUGGAUUGAUUUGAAAUAGAGUUUAUAUAAUAGGAAAUGUUCUAAGUAUUUGAUGACAUUCAGUAAGAUAAUAUGAAUUAGAUUAAGAAAAUGCUAGGAAAUAUGAAAGAUAUUCUAAGCAUAUUAAGUUUUCAAUAAAUGUUUUCA